AUGGCUGCUGCACAUCCUGACAUCAAAGGCGAUAGCCGCGAUGUUAUAGAGAUCAACCCCCCUUCUGAGCGACGCGGCUCCCUCGUCGUCGAUACCAACCUCGCUAGCGAAGAAGACGCUGCUGUUCUAGCAAAGAUGGGAUAUAAGCAAGAACUUCGCCGGAACUUCAGCAUGCUCGAGGUCUUUGGGAUUGCCUUUGCUAUCAUGGGCUUGCUUCCUUCUAUUGCGAGUACGCUCUCGUAUUCGAUCCCGGCGGGGCCAGUUGGGUUGGUUUGGGGCUGGUUCCUGGCUUCGGGAUGGAUUUUCAUCGUUGGCCUUGCUAUGAGCGAUCUGGCGAGCUCGAUGCCGACGAGUGGCGGGCUUUAUUACUGGACCCAUUACUAUGCCUCACCGAAAUGGCGGAAUCCCUUGAGCUUCCUUGUCGGAUACAGCAACACGCUCGGGCUGGUGGGAGGUCUUUGUUCAAUUGAUUACGGAUUCUCCUUGAUGUUUCUCUCCGUCAUUGUUAUAGCUCGUGAUGGCAACUGGACGCCAAGUAACGGCACCAUCUACGGAGUCUUCCUCGCCACUGUGGCCUGCCAUGCUGCCAUCGCUUCAACCAUGGCCCGCAUCAUGGGCAAAAUGCAGACGGUGUUUGUCGUGAUGAAUUUUGUCUUGAUAUUCGCCACUAUCAUUGCUCUGCCGAUUGGAGCCAACAAACGAAACAGCGCCUCGUACAUUUUUACGCAUGUUGAGAACUUGACAAAUUGGCCUUCGGGCUGGACUUUUAUGCUCUCCUGGCUCAGUCCCAUCUGGACCAUCGGUGGAUUUGACUCGGCAGUCCAUAUCAGCGAAGAAGCCACCAAUGCUACGAAAGCAGCCCCGCUAGGAAUCCUUUUUUCCAUCGGCUCGUGCUGGCUGUUUGGGUGGAUCUGUUGUAUUGUUAUCGCGGCGUGCAUGUCGCAAGAUCCGGAAAGCAUUCUGGGCUCGCCUUUCGGACAGCCGAUGGCCCAGAUCUACUACGACGCCCUUGGCAAGAAUGGAGCUUUGGGUUUCAUGGCCCUGCUGAUGAUUGUUCAAUUCCUGAUGGGCGUCUCGAUCCUGGUCGCCGCCUCUCGUCAAGCAUGGGCCUUUUCUCGUGACGGAGCUUUACCUUUCUCCAGCUUCUUCCGACACAUUUCCAAAGCGUUUGGCUAUAUUCCCGUCCGCACAACGCUUGGUUGCGCUACACUAGCAGCUAUUCUCGGCCUGCUUUGUCUGAUCGCCCCCGCCGCCGCCGCAGCUCUGUUUUCCCUCGCUGUUGCGGGCAACAAUCUCGCAUGGGGCACUCCGAUCUUCUGUCGCGUUGUCUGGGGACAAAAGAAAUUCAGCCCAGGACCCAUAUACACGGGCAAAGCUUCGAUUCCUCUCGCCUGGGCGGCCGUCAUUUUCCUGGUCUUUGGUAUUCUGCUGUGCAUGUUCCCUGUUGGCGGACCGAGCCCGGCUGCCGACACCAUGAAUUAUACUUGCGUGAUCAACUCGGCCGUGUGGGGAGGCGCGUUGCUGUACUACUACGUCGACGCGCGCAAGUGGUUCCGCGGACCACAAAUCACGAUCGAUCUCAGCCAGCUUACCGAGGAGCAGGCUGAGGCGUUGAGGGAGGAAGGACUCAAUGAAGAAGGGACAGGUGGACAUGGUGUGAUCGAUGGCAAGAGCACAAGCGUUUCAGUUGAUCUGAAGGACAGUUGA